CGCUUGUGCUUGGCCCUCUGGGUGACACAUUAGGGGCUUCUGCCCUUGGCUGGCAAAGCUUUUCUGAUUGAAAGUUACCCUUUGUAGGGACUUCCAAUCCUAAUGGUUGGUCUUGGAUAUCCAUUGCCACAACGCUACUAAUGCGCAUGCAUUUGCUUUGUGACUUAAAUUUAGCCUUGCUCAAGUGACUUGGAUUGUGCAAACAAAGCAAAAUAAUUUGAUUAAGAAUCUGUUUUUCUGCUUGCUUCUUUUUCUGUGAACUGCACUGAUAAUAUACAACGCAGUCCACUGCUUUAUACAUCUUUUCCUUUUUUGAAAGGCCCCAUUGCCUCCUGGACCUCAUCCAAUGGUUGCUACCGUUCAGGAGCCAGAAACUGACACAUUUCUCAGCAUGUGGGCAAAAAUAAACCAGGUGGAAGGAAAGAAGAGUGAGAAGAACUCGUCUAACUUAGAAAGUUACAAAACUCGCCUCCGUGGGAUGGUCCUCAGAGAAGAACAUGUUGCAAAAGUGGUGAAAAGCCGGAUUUAUUCUGUGGCUGUCCAUCCAUCAGAAAGCAGAACUCUGGUGGCAGCUGGGGACAAGUGGGGGCAGAUUGGCCUCUGGGAUUUGGACUCCAGCUUAGAAAAUAGAGCCUACGUCUUCAUACCGCACAGCCAGGCAGUCAGCUGUUUGCACUUUUCUCCUGUUAAUCCUGCUCAUCUUUUAUCUCUCAGUCACGAUGGCACAUUACGAUCUGGGGAUGUAACUCGAAGAAUUUUUGAGGAGAUAUACCGAAAUGAGAGCCACAGCCUUUCUUCAUUUGACUUCUUGGCAAGCGAUGCCUCUACUUUGGUGGUAGGAAUGUGGGAUGGAAAGGUAGCCAUAGUGGAUCGGAGAACACCAAUCCCAUCCCCCGAGAUCUCGGUUGAUCUUCAUUCAAAGACGAGGACAGUCCACGUUCACCCCGUCCGUAGAGAGUACUUUGUUGCUGCUGGGGAAAGAAACGUCAGUAUUUAUGAUGCUCGGCACCUGAAGAGCAGAAGCCAGGCAGUCGUUGCUCUCAGCGGACACACCAAGAGUGUUGCUUCAGCUUAUUUUUCACCUGUGACUGGAAACAGAGUAGUGACAACUUGUGCUGACGAUAGUCUGAGGAUCUUUGGAACUCAGUGUUUAUCAUCUCUAGCUCCCAUUCUCACAACUAUUCGGCACAACAACAACACAGGUCGAUGGUUGACCAGGUUCCGGGCAAUUUGGGACCCCAAAAGGGACGACUGCUUUGUAGUGGGGAGCAUGGCACGGCCAAGGCAGAUCCAGGCCUUUCACACCAGCGGAGAGCUGCUCCACUCCUUUCUGAGUGAGGAUUAUCUUAACUCCGUUUGUUCCAUCAAUUCCUGGCACCCCACUAGGUACCUGGUUGUGGGUGGAAAUUCCAGUGGCCGCCUGCAUGUCUUUAAAGAGUGACAAGUAUGCUGAAAACAAAUCAGAGUUAAGUGUUUAGUUUAGUUACGCCUGAUUUUGCUUCAGGGCAAAGGCAGCUACAGACCAGUAAGUGCGUUGGGUCACACAUCUGAAGAGAUCCCCCAUUGCGACUAAGAAAUUAAUAAGGCUCAGGUUUGCCAUUAUGGGAUUGUAACUUUUUGAACAGACUGAGAAACUAUUGGUGUCAAUUUAAUCACAGAGGCUUAUUAAUCACAGAGCUUAUAAACUGUGCAAUAGAUAAAACUUCAUUUAAAAGUUAAAUGCUAGUACUUUUGUGAUAAGAAAUUUAAAUGUGUGUUCAAGAAUCAAUAAAAAGCAUAUUUUGAUAUUUUUAA